AUGAAUAUCACAAUACAAAAAGUUAAUUUCAGCGGUUUCAAAGCCAUCACCGUCGCGACCUCCCGAGCAAGGGCUUGGGCGACGCUGUCUCGAAGGACGUUCCUCUGGCAGACGGGGCCCUGGCCAGCGGACGCCCUUCCUGCCUCGGGCCGUGGGCGGGAUGCCAAAUCUCAUCAAACGCGCAAGUUGCACAGCAAUUUGGAUGCUUGUCUUCCGUCUUCUCCUGAUGACGCAAGCAAACAAGCUGAGUCACGCGUCUCAUAUAUAAGGGACGCUCUGUCAAGCUCAUUCAGUCUCCUUCUGCUCACCUUCGCAAACAUGAUCAAAGCCUUGACCUUCUUGGCUGCAGUGGCCGCAGUUUCUGCUUCUCCUCAACAAUUUUUAAAAGAUGUAACAUGUGAGGGAGCUGAUAAUGUGACCUCGUGUGAGGCUGAUCUGCAAGUCUGCAAGAACCUCUUCGCAAUUGAACAUGAUGAACAAACGAGGAGAGAAAUAUACAGGAAAUGUCUCGAUGUAAAUGGCUUCAGCCAUCUCGAUGACGUGGACCCUGAGCUCCUCUUCAGCCCCACAGACGCACAGGCUCUGGCGCUCUUUGGUUCCGAGGAGAACCACCUGGCAGUGAAGCAGUGC